UGGUUGUACACGUCAGCAGUCAUUAAGUUGUAACCAAGAUGUGUCACAUCCCGUCAUCCUCUUCCUGGUAGAGGAGCGUGUUGACACUCAGCUCCUCGUCUGGGUGGCAAAAACAAGCGGCUGCAGCGACUGCUUUGGCAGAUGGCACGGCGCGGGUUCCAGGUGGGGAGAAGCAGCCGAACACCGCGUUGACGUCGGGCUGUUGGAACCGGAGUUUGGGAGCUUCGCCGCACGAGGAACGCAGUUUACAAUGAGGGCGCGCGCGAGACGAGGCGAAUGAAAGCCGUUUCUGUCCUCUUCCAAAAGCUCGUUUCACGGAGAGAAAAUGAGGUUUCGGCUGCUCCGACGGAACCUGCUCGCGCUGCUGGGUGUUUCCGUUGUAGUCGUGACUCUCCUGGUGACCACGCGCGUGUUAUUAGUUCCCGACAUUGACGCGAGCGUCCCCAAUACCGACGUCGGUGUGACUGGUCGGAUCGUGCAUUGCGGCGACGCGGCGAACUUCGACUUCAGUUCGCUCCCGGAGUUGACGAAGUCUGUUUACAACGCCAAUUACAAGCAGUGCGUGCGCAACGCGGACGCGUUCCCAGGGGAGCCUGGACUGGUGCUGGUUGUGCAGGUCCACAACAGGCCCGAAUACCUCCGGCUGCUCAUCAGGUCACUGGAGAAAGCCGCUGAGGUCCACGGCUUCCUCCUGAUCUUCAGCCAUGACUAUUUUUCAGAGGAAAUAAACACCAUUGUGCAAGAGAUAACUUUCUGCAAAGUGCUGCAGAUUUAUUUCCCCUUCAGCACCCAGCUGUAUCCUGGCGGGUUUCCUGGGAAGGACCCACGGGACUGCCCCCGGGACACAUCCAAGGACAACGCUUUGAAAACAGGAUGCCUCAACGCAGCCCACCCGGACUCCUACGGCCACUACAGGGAGGCCUUCAUCACUCAGACCAAACACCACUGGUGGUGGAAGCUGCACUUUGUGUGGGAGCGGGUGCAGGUGAUGCAGGGCUACAGCGGCUUUUUGAUCUUCCUGGAGGAGGACAACUACAUCUUGCCGGACUUCUUCCAUUACUAUAAAUCAAUGAUAGAGUUCAGGAGGAGCAGCUGCCCGGAUUGCGACAUGCUGGCGUUGGGAAACCACAACGGCCUGGCUGAUUUUACCACACUGUCCAAUAAGGUGAUGACAACCGGGUGGAUGUCCACGAAACAUAACAUUGGCAUGGCCAUCUCUCGGGAGGUGUACUACAAGCUGAUGGGCUGCAACAACGAGUACUGCACCUACGACGACUACAACUGGGACUGGACCCUGCAGCACCUCUCCGGAACCUGCAUAUCGAAGCCCAUCAAGGUGCUGGUGGCGAAGGGCUCCAGGGUCCUCCAUACGGGGGACUGCGGCCUCCACCAGAAGGAAAACUGCAGGCCGGAGUGGGCCUCGCAGAAGGCGGAGGAGGGCCUCAUCGCGGCCAAGGACGGACUCUUCCCUCCAUCUCUGGUGCUCAGCAGCGCGGAAGUGGCGGAGCACAAGGCGCACAUGAAGAACGGAGGGUGGGGGGACGUUCGAGACCACAUUCUAUGCAAGAACUACGCCAAACGUCUUUGAGCUAUGACUUUUACCAAAGUGUCCUUGGUAUUCCACGGAUGUGCCACUCCUAGGUAACAUUCAGGGGUUUCAGAGGAUUGGGUGGGAGGUCUUCCAAGAACUAGGACCCCCCCCCCCACACACACACACACACACACACACACACCAAAUCUAAAAGGGCUGCAUAGACAUAGCUAGACUUCAGAUUUAAUUUGUUUUAAAGUUUUUUAUUUUGAAUCACCAAAGUUACACAGUUGCCAAAGACUCCCUUCAAAUGUGGGUCCAUAAUGCAAGCUCUGUCACGUCGUUCAAUCUCAUGCCACCUGCUCUGUUUAUCUCUGGGUGUCUUACGAGCCAAAACAUUAGAUUAGAUGUAUGGCACAGUGAUGGGAAAUAAGAGUCAACUAUAUCAGAAUGUGCACAAACGUGUGGACAUUUUCAUUUUUUGGGAUAUUAAUUGAUUUACUGGGAACAUUGCACACAGGAUGUUUGUUUACGAGAAGAUCGAUGUGUUAGUGUGUGAAUGACUUGCAUUGAUUUUAUGAACUGCAAUGCAUUUUACGUGUGCUUUUUAUGGUACGAUUUUAAGUGCAACAACAAAAGGGCACAUGCACUGUACAGACUUCAGAAUUUAACACAUGUAUGACAUGAGGGGGGAACUUGUAGUUUACGCUGUCUCUCUGGGGUAGACCGUUGACUUGUAUUGUUUCCUGCACAUAAUGGGAUUUGUGUUACUGAAUGUAACCUUCACCAUAACCAGGGUUGUUUCCUGUUGAGGCGAGGUCAGCUGACACCACUUACUUAUCCAGUCUGCUACUCCCCACCUGUAUCGACCCCUGGAUUACGACGAAGAGGGCUGGCUUGAUAUUGAUUUUUCUUUCUUUUUUUUUCUUCUUCCUCUCCUUUUGAUUGGGACUCGCUAUAUUUGUUUUCUGAUAAGUGAAAAGUGACCCUUUGGAGUCUCGAGGGUCAUCUGUGAUUCCGCAUUUCUGUAUUUGCACCUUCUUUCGUUAGAAUAUUAUUUGGGGAUUUUUUUAUUUUUUUUUGUGCAAUCAUUCAAUAGUUGGUGAAACUGAAGAAAAUGUGAUAAAGUUGCCUCUUUACAGUGUAAAAAUGAGAAAAUGAACACAAGUAUAUUGAUGCCAUUAUUGCCUUAAAUCUGACCAAAAGUGCCUUUUUUACUUUGUGCCUCCUUGGUUUAAAAUAGUUAUAUUGUUAAAGGUGCACUGAUAACAUAUGCAUGUAUCAGUGUUGGGGACUUGUAGUUAGCAUCUUUAUUGUGAGAGGUGGACAUAAUGGAAUGUGAAUGUUAAUUUCACAAACAUCUUCAAAGUCUAAUUAGGAUAAAUUAUUGCAUCACUUAGGAAAGAUGCGAUCAGAAAAUUGGUUUAAUCUGAUAUCGGUUCACCUCGGGGUGCCUUUUAUGGAGAUUCCUGUUUAAGAAAUAUGAAGUGAAUGUGACGAUGAAAUAAAUAGAUCUUCUAUUAUAUGUUGAAAAUCACAAUUAAUUCUUGUAUAACGCUGCAAAAAUUAGCCCGAUACACCAAGUUGUGUGUGUGUGUGUGUUUUAUGAUUCUGUAGUUGGUUGAGAACGAGACCAACUUCUUUUUUUUCUUUUUCUAGCAUAUUGCCUUUUCUUUCUGAUAAUCACUUGAAAUAUCUGUUUGUUCUUCACGUAAUGUUUGCCAAAUGGGGGCGGAAAUAAAGGCAGCAUUUUUAUCGUU